UCCACUAAGAAACUCAAAAAAGGUCUUUCCGCUAACUCCUCUAGCGCUCACUCUUUCGCUCGGUCUCCGUCUCCUCCUCUUCGGGUACCGAUUUCCCCUUUGCUCCUUAGCGAUCGCUGGUCACACAACCCAAGUUAACUUCUUUCACGUUCGAAUUCGAGAUUCUGUUCCUCUUUUGCCCCAUUUCUCAGGAGCUCUCGAGUUAAUCGUCAGAGUCAACGUGAGAGAACCUAGGGAGGAGAGGUCGAUGCCGAUGGUAGCAAGAGAGAAAUCGGUGCGAUUAGACCAACUUGACACCGAGGCCAUGCUUGACGAUUUGGAUUCCUUUGAUGAUAUCCCUCUUCCCACGACGACCACCACAGAACGAAGACCCGGAAAGUUUCGACCUAGAGCUCGUGCUAAAACUGCUAAUGUUGCCUCUACAACCCCCAAAAACUCUGAUGCUGCACAACUGGUUCCUCCAUCUCCGCAGCCUUCAGCUCAAGAUUCUGAUUUUAAUCUGGAGAUGGAGAGAACCGGUCACGAACCUGGCCUUUCCAAUUACUCUGUUGUGGCAGAUGGAUUUUUGGAUACUUCUCGGCAGAGUCAAGGAAGUUUAGGCCAGGGUGCAGAUGCUUGCUUCAGCUUGUGUUCCCCUAAUGGCCCCACAAGUACAACUGAUAAUUUUUGUGGUCUUCAUGACUUGGAUGUGUGUUCUUCCAAUAUAUAGUUUAUUUAAGUCUCUUGCUUUUUGAUGAUUGAAUUCACAUGUUAGCAGGGAAUGUUGAUAUCUUUUAGCCAAAAGUUGAUCAACAAUGCCAAAACAAGGAACUUAUGACAUCGUCCAAUGAUUUUCUUGGAAUUGCGAUGUCACUCGGUGUCUCAACUCUCGACUCUAGUCUCUCAACCAGAGGCUGUUCACUUUGAAAUAAACACGGCUUAUGAAGAACCGUUGAUCAGUCUUGAGGCCUCUCAAGGUGAAGGAUUCUCAAAGGUUGUGACAUAGAUCAACUUAUCCUCGCUAAAUGAAAUAAACAGGCAUUAGCAGAGUUCUCCACCAUGGAAUCUCCUCAGUAUACUGGUGGAACCGCUGGUGUCCGACGAGCAGGCAAGUUUCAACCAGAAAACAUCUCACAACCAAACAAGGGAACAGCUAAGUCUGUUUCUUUCAUUUCUUCCGAGGCUUCUGACUCUGUCAUUCCUUCCGUGGGAUCCUUUUCUGAGACAAUGGAUAUUUCCUCUGUACAAAUGAUGACCGAUGUACAUGAAGAUGACCCUUUACAUUCAGUAUCCACAAUCCCAGACUGCAUUGCAGGAUUUCGGAUGGAUCACAUGAUAGGGUCGGAAAAGAGAUGAUGCAGCUCAAAACUCGGACAGAGUUGACCAAUGAAACAACAGAUGAUGGUCUAGUGAUUAUAUCACAUGAUACGGAGGAAAGGGGGGUAUUUAGAAAGAAGAGCAACAGGAGAAUGGUUGUGAUGUUGAGGACCCUGUGGAUUUCAAUGGUUCAAAAUGUGAAGUUAACAGUCCUUCAAAUGUUACCGGAGUGUCAAAGUAUAUUUGAGUGUGAUGGCUCUCACCCUGAAGACACGGAAAUAUGGGAGAUCUGAAGCAUAGAGCGAUUCUUAUUCUGCCUUCCUGAGUAUGCUAGUGAUCGAGAACCAACUUGGAAUUCUUUCCAUGAUGCUUGCAUCCAACUGUUCCUUUGAGAAUUUCUUUUAGCGCAAAAGCCAACCACAACAAAACAACAUUGUGUCCUUUGCUUGAGGAAAAAGUGUUGACCAGGUAUGACUUUGCUGAUUGCAUUUCUGCACCAGAUUCAACUUAAGAGUAUGUAAUAAUUUUUUUGGCUGUACACGGAUGCUAAUUCUCUCCGUUCACGAUCUCUUUCAAGUUUUUCUUUUUCUCAACCUGGCACAGUCACAGAUUGCAUUUAAAGAAGUCGAGGUGUAUCAUCUAAUGCUACAUGUCAAUUUAAAGCAUCAGUCGCUGUUCAUGUCUCCA